UUUUUACCUCCGCCUUACUGUAUUUGAUGUUAAUGUCUAUAUCCUCUUUUUCUGUUGCUUUUUUCGCAUGUUCAUCAGCCAGCUCGUUCCCCUCAACACCUAUAUGAGCUGGAACCCAUAUGAACGUCACCCUCCUUCCUGACGCUUGCAACCCAUAUGCUAAUUGCAGAAUUUCUAUUAUAAGGCACCAAUCUACAAAACAAUGGACCAACGGAGCUCAGUGGACAGUGUCAGUGAAGAGGAAAAGCCAUCCCUUACUGAAGAGAGGGCAUCGAAAAUAUAUUUCUCUUGGUCGAACAAUGAAAUGGAGGGAACAUUCCACAGCCAGCUGAAUGAGAGAGUUCGACCCUAUUUAGACCUCAUCGACUCCCUCCGCCUUAUGGGAAUCAAUGAGGAUCUGGCCCUGCCUGCGAUAGCUGUGAUUGGAGACCAGAGCUCAGGGAAGAGCUCUGUGCUGGAGGCGCUGUCUGGAGUGGCUCUCCCCAGAGGCAGCGGAAUUGUCACUCGAUGCCCACUGAUGCUGAAGCUGAGAAAGCUGUCAGAAAGGGCAGAGUGGAAAGCCAUCAUCUCCUACAAAGACAUGACUACUGAGUUCACUGACCCCUCUAUGGUUGAGGAAUAUGUUAAUGCAGCCCAGAAUGAGCUGGCUGGAGACGGUGUUGGGAUCUGUGAUGAGCUGAUUAGUCUGGAGAUCCUGUCCCCUGAUGUGUGUGACCUCACUCUGAUUGAUUUACCCGGCAUUGCCCGGGUUCCUGUUAAAGGACAGCCUGAGGACAUUGGAGACCAGAUUAAAAGGCUCAUCCUCAGCUUUAUUGAGAAGAGUGAAACAAUCAACUUGGUGGUGGUCCCAUGUAAUGUUGAUAUAGCAACAACUGAAGCUCUCAAGAUGGCCCAGGAAGUUGAUGCUGAUGGGAAAAGAACUUUGGCUAUUCUGACUAAGCCAGACCUGGUAGAUCGUGGCACAGAAAAGAACGUUCUGGAUAUUGUUCAUAAUCGUGUCAUCCCGCUGAGCAAAGGCUACAUAGUUGUGAAAUGCCGUGGUCAGCAGCAAAUUCAGGAAAAGGUGUCUCUAGUUGAGGCCACCAAGAGGGAGACAGAUUUCUUCAGACAACACAAGUACUUCAGAGUACUUCUUAAAGAAGACAAAGCCACAACCCAAUGCCUGGCUACCAAACUGACCCAAGACUUGGUAGACCACAUCAAAAAAGCUCUGCCAACAUUGUCAGAGCAGGUUAAGAUGGAUCUCUGGAAUUCGAGGAAACUCUUAAGUGAAUGCCCAGAAGGUCCUCCUUCAGAACCACAGCAGAAAAAAGCAUAUCUGGUUGAUAUCUUGUCAUUGUUCAAUGAGAACAUCAACAGCUUGAGUGCUGGUGAGGUGGUGAAUGAGGAAAACCUAUUCAUUAUCCUGCGCAGCCAUUUCCAGAGGUGGAGCGAUGACCUUCAAUGCAGUCAAGCGUCAUUUGGUAAAAUGAUGGAAGAUGUGGGAAAGGAGUACGACCUGAAGCACAGGGGAAGAGAGCUCCCUGGUUUCAGCGACUACAAAGUGUUUGAGAUUGUCGUCCAGAGGCUGGUGAUGAAACUAUUGGGCCCUGCACUGGACACUUUGAAAAUCAUUAGAGAAACUGUCCAGGCGCAGUUCAUUGACAUCUCCAAAAUGUGCUUCUCAACCUAUCCCUUCCUUGACUGUGUUGCAGUGAACAAGAUUGACAAAAUUCAGUCAAGACAAGAGGCCAAAGUGGAGGAGAGAAUCCGGGAGCAGUUUGAGAUGGAGAAGCUGGUCUACACACAAGACACCAUCUACCUCAAGUCCCUGACAAAGAUGGAGGAAUCCUCACCUGUGAACUGGGCUGAUUUUGACACGAGAAACAAAUACCCAGAGAUGUUCCAAUCAUAUUAUGAGAUAGUGAUUCAGCGCCUAGCGGACCAGAUCCCCAUGCUGAUCCGGUUCUUCCUGCUGAAGGAGUCGGCUCGGGUGCUGUGCAGUGAGAUGCUGGGCCUCAUCGAGGGGGUGGACUUAGAGAAGGCCCUGUGCGAGAGCUCGGACGGCAGCCGCAACCGCCAUGACCUGCUGAGCCGCAUCGAGCGCCUCAGCGAGGCUCAGGAGAAACUCAGCCGAUUCAUCUGAAGUGCCCGAUUCAUCCAUGUUUUCAAGAAAUGAAAUCAAGUUGCCAGUAUAAUCAAAUCAAAUACUCUACUCUCGACAUUUGGUGAUGUUAAAAUAUAGCAUGUAUUUCAUGUAUUUUAAAAUCUGCAUGUAUUUCAUGUAUUUUAAAAUCUGCAUGUAUUUCACCUCAAAUUAUUGUAGUAAUAUGAAAUAAAAAUGAAGAGCUAUACUA